UAGAUAUUAAAAAUAAAAAAGCGCUGAAAACCUGAACAUGCACGGAGCUCUUUGAAUCUAACUCCUCCCCCCAACACAUUCACCAAAAAUCAAGUCGGGGGAAAGAAUCUGCAUUUAAGGAAAACGAGAUCAGAGAGAUCUCGAAACCCUAAUUUUUACCAUUUUCGUUCGUUGCUGGUCGGUCAAGCAAGGAUUCUCCGCCAUUUCUGAAUCUCCCUGCGAUGUGUUUCUUCCUGGAGAACGAUUAGGGGUACAAGCGAAGAGUUCUCGAAGAAGAGAUUUGAAGGCGUUUUUUUUUUAGAUAUUAAUGAAGCAAGUCCUUCGGUGGCCGAGGAUUCUGAUCCUCGCGUUGCUAUCAAUAUCUGUGUUGACUCCGAUCGUGUUUGUCUCCAAUCGGCUCAAGAGUAUCACUUCCGUUGGUCGGAGAGAAUUUAUUGAAGAGUUAUCGAACAUUAGAUACAGGGCGCAUGACCUUAGACUUAACGCAAUUAGACAGGAGGACGUAGAAGGUUUGAAGGAGCCUAAACUCAUUCUCUACAAGGAUGGGGAAUUUAAUUCUGUAGUUCAGUAUAGUUCUUCUGAUGAAACUGGUGCUGCUGUGCAGUCUAACAACGGACGAAAAACUGGGUUUUUCUCGGAAAUUGGAGGAAAUAAUCACAAAAUCAAGGAAGAACAAGCUUCACAACAAACUGUAGUAAGCUCUGAUCCAAAGGAACAAUUUUUACCAACAGUCAUCCAACUUAAUAAUGUGGAAUUCCAACACCCUGUAGCUAAGGAUGAGAAGAAUAUAAGGGUUCAGCCUGAACGGGCAGCAACAGAUGAGAAGGUAAAGGAAAUCAGAGACAAAAUAAUCCAAGCUAAAGCCUACCUAAAUUUUGCACCGCCUGGGAGUAACUCCCAGAUUGUGAAGGAGUUGAGAACUCGGAUGAAAGAGCUGGAACGGGCAGUUGGCGAUGCUACCAAAGAUAAAGAUCUCUCAAAGGGCGCUCUUCGCAAAGUGAAACCCAUUGAAGCUGCGAUAUACAAGGCCAGACGUGUCUUUGACAACUGCCCUGCCAUUGCUACCAAACUCCGUGCCAUGACAUAUAACACUGAAGAACAAGCUCGGGCGCAGAAGAUUCAAGCAACAUAUCUUAUGCAGCUUGCUGCAAGGACCACCCCUAAAGGGCUUCACUGUCUCUCGAUGCGGCUGACAACAGAAUACUUUGCUCUUGAUCCCGAGAAAAGACAGAUGCCUAAUGAUAGAAAUUAUGAUGAUCCAAAUCUCUAUCAUUACGUUGUCUUCUCUGACAAUGUGUUGGCCUGUGCGGUUGUUGUUAAAUCUACGGUCUCAUCUUCGAAGGAACCAGAAAAAAUAGUAUUCCAUUUGGUGACAGAUUCACUUAAUUACCCAGCAGUCUCGAUGUGGUUUUUGUUAAACCCUCCAGGUGAAGCCACGGUUUGGAUUCAAAACAUCGACAAUAUGGACGUUCUGCCUGUGGAUUAUGCUCAAUUACUGAUGAAGCAAAAUUCUAGUGACCCAAGAUUCGUCUCUCCACUCAAUCACGCCCGCUUCUUCCUCCCUGAUAUUUUUCCCGGUCUGAACAAGAUUGUGUUCUUCGACCAUGAUGUAGUAGUCCAAAGAGAUCUAAGUGAUCUAUGGAGCAUCGAUAUGAAGGGGAAAGUAGUCGGAGCUGUAGAGACCUGUCUUGAAGGCGAGCCUUCAUUCCGUUCAAUGAACAAAUUCAUUAAUUUCUCGGAUACAUGGAUCAACGGGAAGAUUGAUCCUAAAGCUUGCACGUGGGCAUUCGGGAUGAAUCUAUUUGAUCUCAGGGAGUGGAGAAGACAGAAUCUGACUUCCAUAUACAUGAAACACUUGCACCUGGGAAUAAAGAGAACGUUGUGGAAGGCGGGGAGCAUGCCAAUAGGAUGGUUAACGUUCUAUGGGAAAGUGAUAGCGUUGGACAGGAGAUGGCAUUUGGUGGGUUUAGGUUACGAAUCAAGAUUGAAAGGGGCGGCCGAGGUGGAACGAGCGGCGGUCAUACACUACGACGGAAUAAUGAAACCGUGGUUGGAUAUUGGGAUCGGAAAGUACAAAAGCUACUGGAACAGACACGUCCCUUACGAUCACCCUUUCUUGCAGCAGUGCAAUAUCCACUCUUGAUACAGCAGAGUCAUCAUCAGUCCUCGUUACUUUUUUUUUUGUUGUCUUUUUGUUCAGAUAAAAUGCGAAAUAGGUUCAUUCCGAUUCUCUCCAUAGCAAAUCUCAGUCCACUGGAUGUUCCAAACGUUAAUUAGCUUCAUUCUUUAACGGUAUCUCUCUGUAUAAAUCUUGAUGUGUUUCUUUCUUUCUUUUGGUGGGUUUUACUGGUAGAGA